AAGAAGAAUUAAUAAUACGCGGUAAUCAUUAUACCAAAAAUGUUUUGUUGGACAAAUUUCGUCGCUUGCCCUUUGAAGAAAAAGCAUCUAAAAAAGAUGAAUUAAGGGUUUUAGUAGAAUCCGAUUCAACAAACAUAGGCUGUUAUAAAGGAUUUUUCAAUAUGGGUAGAGCAGCUUUAAUUUUUUCGAUCGCUUGGUUGAUGUUAAUUAAUUUUCUCAGUUAUUACUUUACUAAAUUAGUAAUCAGAGGUGAAGAAAGACAUAAAAAGCGUACUUUCACAGCCGAAAAAUUAAACCGUCUAACUGGAAAAAAUGGUACCGGGAAAAGCACUAUUUUAUAUCUUUUGCUAGGAAUGAUAACUCCUCAAGAAGGGAAAAUAAUCAUUGAAUGUCAAAAUGGAAUCAGUUCUACUGGUCAAAAACAAUUAAAUAAUGUUAAACAAGUGUUAAAAAGCAGGGAAGAUUGCCAAAUUUUUCUUUUUGAUGAAGCUGACAAUGCUUUAGACAAAGAUAAUCAGAAAAAUUUUCAAGAAAUUAUUACCGAGUUAGCCAAGAAAAAAAUAGUCAUUUAUAUUAAGCACUAG